AUGUCUUUAUUUCAUAUUAUAAAAUCUGUUCUUUACUAUUUGCUAUUACCCUUAGUAUUCGGAAGUACGGUUGAUAUUUCAAAAUCUCAAAAUGUUCUCAAUAAAUCUUUAUAAGGGAAGACUUGCUAGGAUAAGUGUAGAGAUAAUGAUGAUUAUGAUCGAUGUUAUAUUGACUGUAAAAUGGAGAAAGAAAAACCAAUGAUACAGAUAAUUAGCAUAACUUGUAUUGUUUUAGGAUUGAUGUUCAUAUUAUUCUUAAUUUGGAAACGAAAUCAGGUCUUAAGAUUAUUUCGAUGUAUUCGAAAUAGAAGGACAAUAAUGAUGGAAUCGUUCUUAAAUAAUGCAAUUUUGAUAAAAAACAAUAGCCCUUUGUUGAACCAAUUAAGAAAAGUGAAUAAAUUGCUAAGUUAAUAGAAAAAUGAAUUGAUAUUUAUAUAAAAUGGAAAACUUCACAAAGAAGAGAAUGUCUAAAUAACGUGUAAAAUUGAUGAGGAGAAACAAUACAUUUAGAUUACUCUUUUGGGGAACGAUAAGUAUGGUAUUUGGAGUGGCAGUGGAUUUACCAUCAUGGAUUUUAAUUAUUAAAUUAAGAUAUGGUUUUUGAAGGAUUAUGAAGAACAACGAGAAGCAAGAAUAUCUGGGUUGUGGGAGCAUCUCCUCUAUUAAGGGGAAUACGAUGAAGAAGUAAAAAUCUUUAGUGGAUAAUGGCAUUAUGAUGGAUUUGAAAAUGAUUUAACUUAUAGUGGUACUUGGUUACUAAAACUCAUAUGA